UUCAGCCGCAAGAUGAAAUCGAAGUUGAAGAUGGGUUUAAACAGUACGAUGUGAUUAGUGCAUUAGAUAUGGAAGCUAUGAUGAGUACCAUCAACGCUUGGAUAAAAAACCCAGUCAAGUUUGAACGUUCUCAUGGGAUCAACAACACGCUGGAUGCCCAGAUCUUGGAAGAUAAGGAGGGAGGAGAUGAGAGAGUCCACAUUCUUAUUGUUGAAGGCUUCCUACUUUACACCUACAGGCCACUGAUUGACGUAUUCCACCAUCGGUACUUUCUUUCCAUUCCAUAUGAAGAGUGUAAAAGGAGAAGGAGUUCAAGGAAUUACACUGUACCAGAUCCACCUGGAUUGUUUGAUGGCCACGUUUGGCCUAUGUACGUAAAGCACAGGAAGAUAAUGGAAGAUCUUGGAGUUGAUGUGGUGCACUUGAAUGGAACAAAAUCAAAGGAGGAACUGUUUAACGACGUGUAUGGACAGAUCCAGAAUAAGAUUGAAGAAUUACUUAACAUGCAGAAAUAAGCUGCUGAUGAUGAUUCUUGUGGGUGAAGAUGAUUCCUGUUUGCUCUGCGCUGUCUACCUGACUGCCACUAAAGUUCCAGCUUCUGUGAAGACUCUCAACUCUUAAAUCCGACUUUGCUCAAUCUUCCCUUGAAACUGAGUUAUAUAUGGUCAUAAUUAAAAAGCACUUCCCCCUUCCCUUGUCUGUCAUCUUAA